GAAUUACAAGAUAUAUAUUCAAGCUAUCAAUCAAUCGACUCGAUUACCUCUUCUUCUUCUUAUUCUUCUUAUUUACUCAUUUUCAACACCAUGAUUAGCUCUCGCGCAGCCUCUAUUGUUCUCGUUCCUGUUGCCGCCGCAGCUGCUUAUGCUACAUACGUUCGUAACACUGUCCAGCCUUCGUUAGCCUAUUCUUCUAUCAUGUCUCAAGGAUCCAACCCAUCUGCCCAGGAACAGUGGCGUAAAGUCAACAAAGGUCUCGGUCUUGUCGAUGUUGGUCGCAGUUGUGGUGCCGUAGACACAAAUGGCAAUUUUAAUGGCAAUGUAGAUGUAGAUGUACAUGUAAAGUAUUUAUUCGAAAAUGAAGAAGAAAUAGUAGAUCAUCAAGUACCUUGUGGUACCUCUGUGGACGUUUAA